AUGGCGGAGGUGGGGGGGGUCUUCGCCUCCUUGGACUGGGAUCUGCACGGUUUUUCCGCAUCCCUGGGGAACAUGCCCUUAGCCGACUCCCCCGGUUUCCUGAACGAGCGCCUGGGCCAGAUCGAGGGGAAGCUGCAGCGCGGUUCGCCCACAGACUUCGCCCACCUGAAGGGGAUCCUGCGGCGCCGCCAGCUCUACUGCCGCACCGGCUUCCACCUGGAGAUUUUCCCCAACGGCACGGUCCACGGCACCCGCCACGACCACAGCCGCUUCGGCAUCCUGGAGUUUAUCAGCCUGGCUGUGGGGCUGAUCAGCAUUCGGGGAGUGGACUCUGGCCUAUACUUAGGAAUGAAUGAACGAGGAGAGCUAUAUGGAUCGAAGAAACUCACUCGCGAAUGUGUUUUCCGGGAACAGUUUGAAGAAAACUGGUACAACACCUAUGCCUCCACCUUGUACAAACACCUGGACUCGGAAAGACAGUAUUAUGUGGCCCUGAAUAAAGACGGCUCACCCCGGGAGGGAUACAGGACUAAACGACACCAGAAAUUCACUCACUUUUUACCCAGGCCUGUAGAUCCUUCUAGGUUACCCUCCAUGUCCAGAGACCUCUUCCACUAUAGGUAA